UCAUCAAGAGCGCUUAUUUUGAUGUAGACUCUGUAUAAAUGCAGGGACUUUGCCGUUCUUCUUCUCUUCUCUCCUCUCUCCCUCCCUCUUUCAAAUGCAGACUUUGCUUCAUUUGGGAGCCUCUCUUCUACUUUCUCCUUCCACUUUUCCCUUUUCUCACCAGAAGGAAAAAAAAUUCCCACCUUUGAAUUUCUCUCUCGCUUGUCUGAGACUGAACAGAAGCACAGCACAGGCUUGUUAGCUAGAAACUGGAAGAGUUUGAUCAAGCCCAAAAUGAAUUCAAUAAAGUUGCUGAGUGAAAAGGCGUUAAUGGAGGCCAGAGUACCAAAAGUAGCACCGAAUCAUAAAUGGGUAUCUUUCUCUUCCCGCUUUUAGCUGGGUGUUUCUCUCUCUCUCCUCUCUCCCCCCUCUCUUUUUCAGAGUUGGGUUCUGCAACUCUGACUAGGGUUUGAAUGGGUAUUUAUUAAGCUGUAAUCAAUGUUUAUUUUGCUUAAUUGACUGCGUCUAUACUCUCUAGACUUUUUCUAGCUCUCCUUUGAACGGUCUUUUUCUGCCUCUCUCUCUUGGGUUGGCUUCUUUAUGAAAUUCGGUACUUCAAGUUCAGUGGUUAGCUUUGGAAAUGGUAGCUGCCAAAGUCGUGUGAGCUUUUAGUAAAUCUUUUUGGUACUUGGGGUCUCGUUCCGGCGCUUUUCCAAUUCUUCAGCUCAUUAAGUGCGCACUUGAUCUCUCUCCAACCUGCUUCUUCCCUUGUGAACUGGCCUCGUAUACUCAUCAACUUUUACCCCUCUUUUGGAUGGAUUCAGACUUCGACAAGUCGCUUUGUUCUAUCAUUUUCAAAAGAACUGUGGUUUAAAGGCUUGUCCGGAAUUCAGCUCAGGGUCAGUCUGGUUUGGAUUAAGAGAUUUAAUUUCUCAGUUCAUUUCUGUUACUUCUCCUCUCUUUAUCACUUUUGAAGGUUCUUUCGUCAGAUUUUCUCUGUUUUUCUUAGUUGUUCUCAAGGAAUCAUAACAGAGACUCUCCUAGAGGCUGCUUUGGUGUACUUGUUCAGGGGAGUUGGAUAUGUGUGACAAAGAGAGUUUUGAGAUAGAUGGAAACGAGGAUCACAUGAGUUAUUCAUCUAGUAUGCCCUCGGAUUGGAGAUUUGUGGUUCCUAAUCUUGCAAACACAUCAGUGGGUUUGGUGGAUUCAUAUGUUCCGAGCUUCUGGGAUCAUCCCAUCAGUUCCCAAAACUUAGGGUCAUGUGACAUCAAUGUGCAGAACAAUGUUAGCUCCUCAUGCACAACUGGAAAUAGAAAAGAUGGCCUCGCCUUAGCUACUCAUGAUAGAACACUUGAAAUGGGUUGGAACCCAACAAGUUCUAUUUUGAAAAUGGAUGCUUUCUUACCAAACAGACCAACAACAAUCUUCCCACAGAGUUUGUCUCAGACUCCCACUGAUUCUUCCUUUAUUGAGCGAGCUGCAAGAUUCUCAUGCUUCAGUCAGUUCAAUGGAGGAAAUUUUGGCAGUAUGGUGAACUCAUUUGGGAUUCCUCAUUCGACGGGUCUGUAUUCUGGACGGGAUGCUCUUGCAGGCCAUGGGUUAAAAUCAGCACAUGGAGCACUAUCUCAAGAAAGUUAUCUGGAUGUUGGUGAAGCUGCAAAAGAUGUGUCUCCAUCUGUUCAAAAUUUGGCUGCUAAAGGAAGUCCACUCAAGAAUCACAAGAGAAGUGAAAGCCUAGUAACUUCUCACGAUGAAGCAAAACAAGCUAUUGGCAGGUCAACUGAUGAGUCUGAUAGAGCAGAAUCAAGUGGUGAUGGUGGUAGUGGUGGUCAAAAUGAUGUGCAGAUGUUGGAGGGUACUAGCGGAGAACCUUCUAACAAAGGACUAAACGCAAAAAAAAGGAAAAGAAGUGGGCAGGAUUCUGAUAAUGGAAAAGCCAAUGGAGGUUCUGAGCCGCCAAGCGAGGCUGCGAUGGACAACCCUGAGGGCCAACAGAAGGGAGACCAGCAACCAACUUCAACGGCCAAGACUUCUGGGAAGGAUACCAAACAGGGCUCUCAAGCUUCUGACCCACCAAAGGAGGAAUACAUACAUGUCAGGGCUCGCAGGGGUCAAGCAACGAAUAGCCAUAGCCUUGCUGAGAGAGUAAGGAGGGAAAAGAUCAGUGAAAGGAUGAAAUUUCUUCAAGACCUUGUACCUGGAUGCAGCAAGGUGACAGGCAAGGCGGUUAUGCUAGAUGAAAUCAUUAACUAUGUACAGUCACUUCAACGACAGGUUGAGUUUUUGUCUAUGAAACUUGCAACCGUAAAUUCACGGCUGGAUUUUAAUCUUGAAGGACUUGUUGCUAAAGAUAUGCUUCAGCAACGGCCUGGCCCCUCAUCAGCAUUGAGGUUUUCUCCAGAAAUGCCAAUGGUUUUUCCUCCUUUACAUCUGUCUCAACCAGGCCUUCUACCGUCAAAUCUUCCUUGCAUAGCGAACUCAUCUGAUAUACUUCGAAGAACCAUUCAUCCACAGCUAACUCCCUUGGUUGGAGGAUUCAAGGAUCCUAAUCAGCUACCUGAGAUGUGGGAGGAUGAACUGCACAAUGUUGUACAGAUGAGCCAUGCACAAACUGCUCCACCGAGUAGUCAAGAGGAAGAUGGUAUAUUUUCCUCAACAACUAAGCCUUUAUGUGAUAUUUGGUAAUGCAGCAGCAGGUGAGAUGAAAGUUGAACUAUGAACGUGAUGUCCAGUCUAACAUUGCAUCUCUUUUAGUGUGUAGUCAGAUGGGACUUGACAGUUGUUCCUCUGACUUGCCAAACAUGGAAGGCAAGGCCAAGUUUAGGUUAGAGGAAGUAGACAAGUAUUCAUAGAUUUUCUUUCUUGGAAGCAUGAAAAUACAUAUAAAGCAUAUAUGUUUAUGAGUGUUAGUGCCUCCACAGAAGCAGGUUUUGCUCGCUAAGUAUAUAUGCAUUUUGAUUCAAGAAUGUAAAGAUGGAAAGUCAGUUAGAUUGCAAGAAGGAGGAGGUACUAAUGCAGAGCUUUGCCUUGUUAAUGCAAAAUCCUCAUGGAUCUAAGAUCUUCUGAAGUUUGAAAACAGGAUGUGAAUAAGAGGUGAGAUCAGCUUCUGUCACAUGGAUGCUACAAAAGUGAGGUUUCACCUCUCCAUUCUCUCUCUCAAGUUUUAAAAUUUCUAGUGAAGUGUAUCUCUUCAAAAUCAGGUCAUGGUUUUGAGGUAGCUGCUCGCACAUAAUGUAAUGUUGAUCUGACCUAGUUUUCUGGCUA